UCGUGUGAGCAGAAACAAAAAAGACAAAAAGGCUGCAUAAUGAAUUGGUCGAGUGCGGCACACUAAAGGUUUCUCCAACAUUUCCAUUUCUCCCCCCGUCCCUCUGUCUGACGCUCUCUCGCUCUUUUCGUCUCGCCACUUCGUAAGAGAGCAAAAAAUACAAUAAAGGAAGGAAAAUAAGAAAAAGAAAAUUAUAAACGAAGUUGGCGUUUGGCCUGACGACAGGCUUUCAGUUUGCUGUCAACUUUUUGCUUUUGCUUUCUUGGAGGGCACAGAAAGAACACACAAUUUGUAUUUGCGUAUAUAGUACGCAGAACUAUAUGUCGUUUGGGUCGUAAUACGCCGCAUUGGUAGCAAUGUCCACUGCGCUAGCAGCGACGGCAAGUGCAGCUAGCACAGCAACGACGACUCCAGCUCUGCUUUCGGCUACGGCUACGGCUACGACAAGCACCUCCAAUACUAGUUCAACUACUACGACUACUAUUACUGCCGCCACUACUACAACCACUAUCCCAAUAAAAUCAGUGUCAGGACUGUUAGGCGUUUCCCCAGAGAAGGCGGAAGUGACAGGUAGAAUGCCCUCGAAUCUUGUGGAGCAACAACAGCAACAGCAGUCAGUAUCUGUAGUAAGUCAUCAUCUUGUCGAUAUCAAUGGCAAUGAGAAGAGUGUGAGUUCAAAUAGCCAAGCAUCAUCGGUUGGAGUUCUACAAAAGAAUUUGAAAGCAAAAGUCGAGCCAAAGUUCCAAACGGAAAAGCACGAAAUCACGAGUAACGAAGAAAAACCAAUUCAAGAUCCCUCAGUCGGGGGUGAAUCCAAGCAAACGCAAACCGCCGCUGCCCACACCUUUCCCCGUCCUCCAGGUGGCUAUAAAUACUCAAUUGAGUUUCUCUACAGUAUUGGAUCCACCAUGGCUGGCAUGACCCUGAACAUUCCGACGCCUGCAUCGAUUACACCGCGUUCAAUGCGUACCACCCCGCCGCCACAGCCGCUGGCUCACCUACCACUGCUGCAGAAUACAAUGGCAAUGGGAAUGAAUAUGGGCAUGGCAAUGGGUGGCGUUUCGCCAAGGCCGCUACGUUCUGGAGGCACUCCGCCGGAUAAUCGUUUUGUUGGAGGCGGCAGCUCUGCAGCCGGAGGAUUAAACACGGGAACAUCAUCUCCUGGCAACAGUAAUGUAUCACCCACACAAUAUAUCUAUCCGGGCUAUAUACCCAGCGGUCCACAACGGCGUCUGUGGCAUGGAGACAAUGCGGUUUGGCAAUUCGAUCGCAACUAUCCGUACAACCAGGGCUAUUCCUCACAGUAUGGGUUCCCUAUGAUGCCAAUGGGUUUCGAGCAUGCAUAUGGUGGACAACGUUUCGUCUAUCCGGGUUACUAUAAUCAGGCAACUUCACCAACUACUUCCCGUGGCAGUCGUCAUCCAUCACCAAAUUCUUUGUCGACAUCGCCAACAGUCAACGGCAAUCAACAACAGCAGCAGCAGCAACAAUCACCGCAGCAACAGCAACAAUCACCGCAGCAACAUUCUGAAAACGAUAGAGAGAUGCCACAAACGGAAGCAGUAUCAGAACAGUCCAAUCACACUGGCAAUGGAAAUGGACAUCAUGUGCCACCAUGGCGCCCCCAUAGCUUUGACCGUACUUCAACUUCUGGAUCACGUGAUCACUAUGGAAUGGGCGGACGCCAGCAAUCUGCUCCAGGUCAUACUGCGUCCAAAUCUUUUUACAAUAGCGGGCUUCUGAAUGAUGCCAACGGAAGUGGAGUUCGUUUUAAGCAAUCUUUUGACCAGAGAUCUGGCCAACAACGUAGCAAUCAGCAAAGUACGGUUACUUCGAAUGGAAAUACUAAUACCAGCGAUCAAACUCAGAGCUUAAAUACGAACAAUUGUAGUAGCAGCAGCUAUCAAUCCAACAGUAACAACGCGAAUAAUAAUAAUAAUAGUAGCAACAAUAGCAACAACAACAACAACAACAAUGGUAAUAUGAAUAAUAAUAAUAAUUCUAAAGUAAACAAUAGCUAUCAGCCGUCAGACUUUAAGCCACGCGGACGCGAACGUCAGAGCAUAAAACGUGGUAAAUAUAAUUUACAGGGCAAAGAAACGAACUCCAAUUCAUCGGGCUCACUGUCCACAUCAUCGUCAAAGUCCCAAUUGGAUCGACGUGCCGAUGGUGCUAGCUCCAAUACGUCCUUAUCGCCGCACAAGCAUCGUCAACGGAGCUAUCGCAAUCGCUUUCGGUACGGUCCCGCUCCCGAAGUAGAGAGAAAAAGCCAAACGCCUACGUAUCAACCACAUAUCGCAAAUAAUCGUGUGCCAAAGUAUCCGUCAAGUAGUUUUCAGCAAACUGCAACCAUGGACUAUAUGAAGCAACAGAACCGCCAGCAUUCGCGCUACUAUCAAUCCCGUCACAUGGACGGCUACGGCUAUCAGCCGGUUGGUCCACAUCAUCAUCAUCAUCAUCAUCACUAUAUGAUGUAUUCCGUUCAGGGACAUGUAAAUAUGGGAACUGAUGGCAAUGGCAAUCCAUUGAUGGACAGUAACGCCACUCCCGAGGGUGAGCAGCCGCUUGAUAUGGACUUUCAUAAUCAUCACUUUGCCAUGGAUGUACAAAAUGGUGUCUACCACCCGAAUGCCUACAAACAAGAUAUAUCCGAUAUGGAUAACUGCUGUCAAUUGUCACAAGAUAGCUCUCUGUGUGGUGGACUCGAGAUUGAUGACGGCCAGUCCUAUGCAAGUCUCAUGGCCAGUUCCGAUAGUGGCGAUUCCGAAAGCGAACUGAGUGAUACAUCGGUGGAGUCCCUGGUGCGACACAUAACAGUCGAUUGUCUUGCCAAGGCAAUGAGUGCACAAUUACCGGAUUUGAAUGGUCCCAAUCUGGUGCCCUAUGGCGAUAUGCAGAAUCUUAAAGAGCUGGAGCGCAAAAGCCAAAUGGCUCUCAGUAAUGGCUAUAAAUGCAUAAAUACCCCAAGUACUCUCAAUUGCUGUGGUGAUAUGCUGAAUGUUGUCUUUCCAGUGGAAUUGGAGGAGGAUCAUAAAGCCCAACCCUCGGUUAGUGAAGAUGCGGAUGACGACUCGUCAGAGGCUUCGGCCCUCUCCUGUAGUCCCUCGGCCUGCUCUAGCAAAAGUACAAUGGGCAGUGUUGCUGUCGCUGCCAAGGCAAACAUAAUAAUGGACGAAUCGCCUGAUAGCGAUUUGCCCAUCAUUAUGCACAAUCGCUAUUGGCGCGAAUUCUUUGGCUACACGCCCGCUGAUCGUUUCCUAUUGAGGGCCAAAUUAAUCGAAAUGAAGCGUCCGCCACGCACAGUGCCCAGUCGUGCCAAAUGGGAUCACUUAUCGUUGGGUAUAUGGCACAAAUUUGUCGAUGCACAGCAAACCUGUCAACUGUACAAGACCAAAAUGCGUUUGUGGCGUUCCAUUUACUCUGUGACCAUGGACACCUAUCCAAGGUAUGGGCUCUAUUUGGUGGGGUCGUCCAUCUCGUAUUUCGGUUCGAAAUGUUCCGACAUGGAUAUCUGUAUGUUGGCUUGCACCAAUCCAAAUAUUGAUCCACGCAUGGAGGCAGUAUAUCAUUUACAAUUAAUGCGAGAGCUAUUGAGCAGCACGGAUAUGUUUCAAGAUUUCAAUUUAAUCGAAGCACGUGUGCCUAUUCUUCGUUUUACCGAUCGCCGUCACAAAGUCGAGGUGGACAUUAAUUUCAACAACUCGGUGGGCAUUCGCAAUACUCAUCUGCUCUACUGCUAUUCGCAGUUGGAAUGGCGUGUUCGUCCCAUUGCUCUGACAGUCAAACAAUGGGCUCAAUAUCAUAAUAUCAAUAAUGCCAAAAAUAUGACCAUUUCUAGUUAUUCCCUUAUGUUGAUGGUUAUACACUAUCUCCAGGCCGGUGUUAGUCCACCGGUUCUGCCCUGCCUGCACAAGUUGUAUCCGGAGAAAUUUGGUCUAUUGCAGCCAAAUGAUUUUGGUUAUGUGGACAUGAAUGAAAUAAUUGGACCCUAUCAAUCGGAUAAUCGUCAGCCAUUGGGUGAGCUCUUGCUUGGUUUUUUGCACUAUUACAGCGUGUUCGAGUAUAGCAAAUAUGUUAUAUCGAUACGUGUGGGCGGAGUCCUGCCUGUGGAUGUAUGCCGCAGCUCGAAGGCGGCCAAAAACGAUAUCCAUCAAUGGAACGAGUUGUGCAUCGAGGAGCCCUUCGAUCAAACGAAUACGGCACGCUCGGUCUAUGACCCAAUUACCUUUGAUCGCAUUCGUACCAUCUUUUUGGCCAGCUACAGACGUUUGGAAUCCACACGCAAUCUUAGUUCCAUAUUCGAGCACUACGAUGGACCAACUAUUGGUAUGCAGCCGACUGCUGGUGACUCGGAACAUGAUUUCGAUGGCCAUUAUGUGAAGUUGUCAUCAAGAUCGGGUUCAACUAAUGAAUUAUUAAUACCCUCGCCAAAGGAGUCCAUUCAUAUGUUGGAAAAGGCCUCUACUCUGGUUUGGAGGGAAACGACUGGAGAUGAGCAGAAAUCUAGCUUGCUGCUGGAGAAGGACACCACCAGCGGAUCGAUUGAGAAAUCUGUGAGCGGCAACACCAAUACAACAAACAACACCACUACCAACACUACCACAAUCCUUACCACCACGACCACGACCAACACCACCACCACCACCACCGACUCCGACACCACCGAAACUACCAAUAUCAUCGAUACUACUACCAACACUAUAACCACUGACAACAUCCCAGCUACGACUACCUCCAUCACUACGGGUACAACAAAAAAUCAACUGGCUGAUGACCAUGUGGCCUCCGUGCCACCACUAGCUUAGCAUAGGUCUUCUUUUCAAGGCAGCACUCUCAGAACUAUCAUUGUAGAUUCCUGCUGAAGAGCCUCAAAAAUGAAAAAAAAAAUUUAAGGUUGUCAUGUUUUUAUGUAGUUCGAAGAGCGUAGCUGCUGAUAUUGGCACAACGCAUUUACACCUUUAAAUUUUACGU